AAAAUUAUCUGUCACAUUUCAGAUUAGUUGACAAGAGUUUCUGAAUUAUAUAAUUUCUAAAAGCCUUACAUAUUGAUUACCAAUAAUUAUCAACCAUGGCUUAUGUGCUUAACCAAGGUAUUCGAAGAUUCAUGCAGACUUCUGUAAGAAGAUCGGCUCAAGUAGAAGGUCCAUCAGCAGUUUCAGGUCAACACGAAGGUGGUUAUAAAAUUUGGAAAAAUAUCACAUUUUUCCUAGCUUUUCCGUCGAUUGUAUUGUGUGCUGUAAAUUGUUACUUGUCUCACCAAAGUGGACACCACGAUCCUCCAGAAUUUGUUAAAUACGAUCAUUUGAGAGUACGUACCAAGAGGUUCCCUUGGGGAGACGGCAACCGUUCAUUAUUCCACAACCCACAUACUAAUGCUUUACCAGACGGAUACGAACAACAUUAGAAGGUUUUUCUUGUAUCUAGACUUAUAUUUGUACUCUAUUGUCAAUAAAUGAUUAGUGUUAAAACUUA